UUUAACCAUUAUUUCAUGAAUUUUCUUCGGACCAAUGAGAACUUGUGAUAUAGCCGGCGUGUUUAGGAGCAUUCAGUUGAGAAACGCACUAGGAAGAAGCAACGAAGAAAACGUCUACGCACCUCUUUCUUAUUCUUCUUUGCGCCUCCAAUCACCAAAACCACGCACAUUUCACUCUUUCACUCUAACUCGCUCCUUCACAAUGGCCGAGUUUUCCAUCAACCAUUCAACCAAUUCCAGCUCUCCUCAUCCAAAUUACGCUGAGAUUGUAGUGGUGCGUCACGGUGAAACAGCGUGGAAUGCUAUCAGUAAAAUCCAGGGACAGCUGGAUGUUGAAUUAAAUGAAACUGGAAGACAGCAAGCAGCUGCAGUGGGUGAUAGACUCUCCAGGGAAUCUAAGCUCUCAGUUAUAUAUUCUUCGGACCUUGAAAGAGCUUUUGAAACAGCACAGAUAAUUGCAUCCAAAUGUGGAGGGGUGGAGGUUAUCAAGGAUGCUGAUCUACGGGAAAGACAUCUAGGGGAUCUUCAAGGCCUGGUUUAUAGUGAACUGGCAAAAUCUAGUCCCAAAGCAUACAAGGCAUUUGUGUCUAAGAACGAAGAUAUGGAAAUACCAGGAGGCGGCGAAAGUCUUGUCCAACUUUAUGAUCGCUCCACAUCAGCAUUGCUUAGAAUUGGCAUGAAGCAUAUAGGAGAGAGAGUAGCCGUUGUCACUCAUGGAGGAUUCAUCAGAUCACUAUACAAGCGGGCAUGCCCAGAUGGAGGGUUUGCUGGGAAGGUACUGAACACAUCUGUCAGUGUUUUUCACUUAGAUGUUGAGGAUAAAUGGAGCUUAAAAAUGUGGGGUGAUGUUAGCCAUUUGAGCCAAACUGAAUUUCUACAGUCUGGUUUUGGGGGUGAUAAAACUUCUGGAUAGACCAAUUUUGACUCUUCAAGUGAUUGUAGUAGGUAUUGAUUGAGUUAAAGAUGAAAAUGAGUCAAAAAAAAAUUAUCCUUGUUAUUGAUGGUUCAAACCUUUUAGACCAGAAAUCUUUGUUACUAUGAACUUGAGAUGGAUGCGUGUUUAAAAUUUUUGAUGUCGUAUUAGAAAGUGUAAUAAUAGUAGAAGAUGGCUCAUUUGGUUUACUCAGCAUCGUAGGUCCUUGUGGGGUUAUAGGCAAGGAUGAUUGAUUUUUUUA